AUGGUGAGCACUAAUUUCGUCGUAAUUUUUCUGACAGUAGUCGGUACCCUCCUGAUCUCUACGAAUGCUACGUCGCACCAACACAACAUUGAUGCACUUUUACCACAAUCUGUCGUUGAAUUGAAACAAUAUUACGAUGUAAUUACGAAUCUGGAGAAACGUGGCAUCAUAACUUCGGAUGCUGCAGCUCAAGAGAAAAACGCAUAUAUUGAACUUGCAUCGAAACUUGUUGGCAGAAAAGAUAUUCUUACAAUAGAGGAAUUUCUCACUUGGAAACAACGUCAGUUGAUUAUUUCCUUUUCGAAUGUAAUAGCAAUCCUAGCUGGAGUUAUAGUCGUUCUGGCAUUGACAACAUUAGUAGCUCUUUUCAUUAUACCAGUGCUCACCCAUGUUCCAGUAGUUGUCUGGGAAGGACUGUUUUACAUCAUUUCAAUUUAUUUAUUGAUUUUUAUGAAUAAUUCAUGGGUAAUUUUUCUUGGAUGUCUUCUGUUUUUGGCUACGCUAUCCUUUACAGUCACAUUACAUUUUUCAAGGCAAAAAAAUGUCGGUUUGGCUAUGGCAUGGAUCUGUUUUUUUGUAUGGGCUGCCGUGGCUGUUUACCAUCAGAGUCGAGAAGCUGGUUAUUUAGCUGUCAUGGCUUUGGAAUCAUCGCUGGGAUUUGUGAUGUUCGCCGGAGAAUUGGUUAUUAUGAUUGGAUUUCAAAAUGAAAGUGUGAUACCAAGUGCUACAGUUGCUUCAUUGAUUUCAUUGCUGAUCGGUAGUAUUUUACAGCUUCAGCGACGAUCAAAUAUCUUGACCAUUCCGUUUACUCGUCCACUACUGUUUCUUGGUACAUUUGUCUAUUUUAUCGGAUUGAUCAUUCUUAGUUCUCGACUUUAUUCCGGCCGCCAAGGAAAGUAUCCCGUUUAUUGGCUAUUACAACUCAUUACAUUUCUCAGCUGCUUGGCAGCAAUGUUUUUUGGCCCAAUGCUUGAGCUACCAUUUAUACAAGCAAUAGGUGGAACAAUGUUUGUUAUCUGGUUGUUGGAAAAAUAUGUUGAGAUCGUACCGUGGAAAAGUACAUUGAUAGUUAUUUGUGGUCUACUCGGCUUUGGGGUUCUGCUGUAUGGGUUUGCUUACUUUUUGAGAAUGUAUCCGGAAUAUCUUAUUUUUCACGUUUAUUCUUCAAAAUAA